ACUUCUGUACAUCAAGUCAGAGGGGUGCACAGCCGGAGCCUGCGAGACAACCUCUCUGCAAUCCCAUCACCUGAGAGAGACCCUGGCAGUCAUGGACAGCCUCCUGAUGAAAAGGAAACUAUUCCUCUACAACUUCAAGAACUUGCGCUGGGCCAAGGGCCGGCGUGAAACCUACCUCUGCUAUGUUGUAAAGCGCCGUGACAGUGCUACAUCAUGCUCCCUGGACUUUGGAUACCUGCGCAAUAAGAUGGGCUGUCACGUGGAGGUGCUCUUCCUGCGCUACAUCUCAGCCUGGGACCUGGACCCAGGCCGCUGCUACCGGAUCACCUGGUUCACCUCCUGGAGCCCCUGCUAUGACUGCGCCCGGCACGUGGCCGACUUCCUGCGCGCCUACCCCAACCUGACCCUCCGCAUCUUCACGGCCCGCCUGUACUUCUGCGAGGACCGCAAGGCAGAGCCCGAGGGGCUGAGGCGCCUGCACAGGGCCGGGGCCCAAAUUGCCAUCAUGACUUUCAAAGAUUACUUCUACUGCUGGAACACAUUUGUGGAGAACAGGGAAAAGACAUUCAAAGCCUGGGAAGGGCUGCAUGAAAACUCUGUCCAUCUGUCCAGGAAACUUCGACGAAUCCUCCUGCCGCUGUACGAAGUAGAUGAUUUGCGAGACGCCUUUAAAACUCUGGGACUUUGAAGUGAAAGUCAUCAUCAAUCAGAAGACUUUACAAACACUUGAUCUUUGAUUUCCAACUCUCUCCUUACAACAGAUCUUUCUCUUCUUGCCUCUUUACAUCUUUCUUCCUUCCAGCCCUGUGACUAGAGAUAAGACUAUACUUACUUUUUCAUUUCCAAGGAGAAUUAGGCUGAUCUUCUAAAGACACAUUCCCCAGACUCACACCUCAUCCAUUGCUAGCUGGGAAUAGCCAGGACUGCAGUGACACUGCCAGAGAGCGAUUUGCCCUCCCUCAGUCCCUGCAGAGCUAAUUCAGGUGGUCCACUAAAUGGAGUUCUGGGUUUAGCCUUGCCCAGGUGGGAGCAGGCGGCCCGCAAAGCCGUUUGUGCGAGUGUGUUCUCACUGGCACUGCACGCACCGCACUGGAUUCGUGAGGGCGUCGGGGAGCGUAUCUCCUGGCUCCUCGAGCUGCACUACACUGAGCUGCUCUGUGUCCUCCCCUGUGAAACGGUUUCUUUGUCCUUCUGGAUGUGGGUAGGAAGUUGAAAACCAUCACUAUUUAAGGGGUAUAGCCUAUGUCCUAACAGCAAAAUUGGCUGGUUAUUGGAAAGCUCAACUGAGAGUAUUGAAGUGAGUCCUGGACAGCCCAGGUAGCUCAGCUUGCAAACUUCCCUUGAAGCCAGCAGGUUUUCUAGGUGGGUUGUGUGCAGGCCCGGGCCCUGUAGUGCCUCCUGCCCAGAAAGGAAGAAGCUUCAGUAGCUGUGGGUCCAGGUUUCGUGACCUAGGAGAGGUUGAAACUAGACAAUAAAAGGCUAAAAUGAAAGCAGAAGAUUUGAUGGCCAAAAUUUUCAAGUGUGAGCUGCAAUUUUGGGUGUCUAGCAAGAUAUUUCCAAUGCAGAAAUAGGAAGUCCACUCAACCUCUAUUAAUUCUGAUGAGAGCUGUGGCAGCUCAGGGUCAGUACUGAUCAGUGCGUGGACAUCCCACCCAGCCAGGAAAGGAACCACCAAGGCACCUCACCUCUGCAAUGUCUUUCCAGCGUACAUCUACUGGAAAACACACUUCAUUUCCACAUUGCAUUGUCCCUCAGAUUCAAUUUCUCAUUCGUGUAGGCUGAGGCUGUGGCGUUUUAGAUGGUGUGUUGACAUCCAGAUCAGUUACCAUGUGUUUCUUCACACACCUCAGGGAGGAGCACCACAGCUCUCACUUCUGGAGUACUUUUCAUCCACUGAGCAUUUCCUCUUAGAUCAGACCUGCAACAAACUCCCUCCCUAGCCAGGUGUCCUCUGCUGGAGGCACCUUACCAAUACCACAGUGUUCUGUUUUUUCAGGCAUUUUAUUGCCCAUAAUAUGGCCAAAUAUGACUAGUUGGUGACUGGACUGAGAGCUGACCAGAAAAAACAGCUGGCAUGAGCAAAGCUUUACAGCCUGUAGAUAGGUAUCUUCCAUAGGGGGCAAAAUCAAAGCAUCCUUCUGCCUGGCAGUCACUGUGUUUCCACUAGAGGACACCAUCAGCACCUCGUCUUGGGGACACAGUCUUUACCAAGCUGAAGAUGCAGGUUCCUAGUACAUGCCUACUCACCACUGCCUUCCCACUACCUAAAUUACAGAUGGAUCGUCCUCUGCAGUCUAACCUCCUGAGGCUUUGCCAAGGCUAAGUGUUUCUGUCCCACAUUCUGAGGGUGCUCUGUCAUUUCCUUCAUGAUGGCUGUGAAUUCUCUGCUCCAUCCUGUUCCGCUUUCUGGACAGGCUGGAGGCUCCUGUGUUGCUCCUCAGAACACCUCCUCCGGUGGUAAGCCAGCCGCCGGAGGACAGCAGAGAGACCUGCUCCCACAGUGCCUCCUCCUGCUAGGAGAGGUCACAACUGAGUGCGUCACAAGCUUCCUACAGCUUCAGGCUCCUGAGACACUCUCAGCUCGAGGAAUUUCAACCAGGAACAGCAAUGAGAGUUCUUUGCAAAGCAUUAAUUUGCAAGCAUGGCGUUGUAUAUUUGUUUGAUAUGGUGGAUAUUAUUUAUAUAAAUAAAGGUCUUACAAAUGA